AUGGCCACUCCGCCUCCAGAGGCUGCUCCAGUCGUCAAGGAAGAGAAGCCUCAGCUGCCUCCUUCACCGACUGGAGCGUCUGCCCCAGAUGUCGCGUUCACUAGUGGUCAGAAUGCAGCGAUUGGCCUGAAGACAGAUUCUCCCGCUCCUACUCCCACCCCCGCAACGGAGAAUGUUCCUGCGACAAAUGGUCACUCUCCCAGCGCGCCUCCGACUACCAACGGAACCAGUGCAGCCGCAUCACCUCCAAAUGAACCACCAGCAGUGAGCGCAAGUGUGAUCGCGAGCGUGACCUCGCCUGCAACACCUGAGAUCAACAAGUCUGAGGAGACCCCUGCUCCAGUUGAAUCGCAACCCCCUGCGACCUCAGUAACUGCGAGCACUCCUACUGACAACACACCUCAACCUCAACCUGAAACUAAACCUGAACCUCAACCCUCUACAAACAGCUCUGCCGAUAUUCCCGCUGCGCCACUAGCUGCUACAGACAACAAACCCGCCGAAAGUGAGGACAAAAUGGCCAUCGACAGUCCAGCUGAGGCAGCAGCUCCCUCAACUCAACUUCCUCAUCACCCAACCACCACCGAAAUCACCACCCCCAUCCUUCCGUCAAUUCAAACUGAUCACGAUCACGAAAUGAAGGAUGCUCCAGUCGCCCCGAUGUCUCCUUCCAAGCUCUCUCGUGAGCGUGAGGCCGACCCCGCAGAGGAACCAGCGGCAAAGCGCACCAGGGUUGAAGGCCAAGAUGCUGCCUCCAGGGAAUACAGGAUGGCUGUGCCCCCCACUCCUGCUGCCGCACCUCCCGCACCGGCGUCCGCGACCAGUGGAGCCAGAAUCAGCAAGAUGCAACAAAAGUUCAUCCAAAAGUCUCUGACGACCCUGAAACGCAUGCAUGAUUCGCGUUUCUACCGUGAAGCAGUCGACUGGGUGAAGUUGAACAUCCCCAACUAUCCCCACGUCAUCACGGAGCCAAUGGACUUGAGCACCAUGGAGAAGAAGCUCAAGAAUAACUUGUACUCAUCUACCCAGGAGGUCUUCCGCGAUUUUGAUCUGAUGGUCAACAAUUCUCUGGUUUUCAACGGACCCGAUCACCUGGUGUAUCAGGAGGGUGACAAGUUAAAGCAUACGUUCCAUAAGCAGAUGACCAACCUUCCCAAGCCCGAUGAGGUUGAGGAGAAGAAGACAAAGAAGACGACUGAGAAGACCUCUGCCGCUCGGCGGGAACCUCGCACCUCGCUUGGAAGCACCACUGCCAAAGCAGCCUCCCCACAGAGUACCACCUUCGCAUUGGGACCGGAAGGGACUCCCCACCUUCCCUACGCUACUAAGCCCAAGAAGAAGAAGUACCAGUGGGAACUGCGAUUCUGCCAAGAAGCCCUGGAAGAGCUUUGGAAACCCAAGUAUUCAUUGAAUGCAAUCCCCUUCUAUGCUCCCGUUGACCCUGUCGCACUCAACAUCCCGACCUACCACAGCAUUAUCAAGAAGCCGAUGGACAUGACUAGCAUCAAGAGCAAGCUGACUACCGGCCAGUACGAAAACUCGAAAGAGUUUGAAGCUGAUGUCCGUCUCAUGUUCAAGAACUGCUACCGAUUUAACCUUCCUGGAGAUCCCACCUACCAGUGCGGCAAGGCCCUUGAGGCCGUCUUUGACCUCAAGUGGGCACAGAAGCAGGAAUAUCUGGAUCGCCACGAGCCACACCCCGAGCACAACUCCGAUUCUUCCGAGGAUGAUAGUGAAGAGGAGGCUGAAAGUGACGAGGAUGAUGAGCAGCUCAGUGAACUCCAGAGGAAGAUCGCCGAGAUGUCCCGUCAGGUGGAAAUGAUUACCCAAAAGAAAAAGAAGACCCCCCCUACCAGCAAGAAGUCCGGCACCAAGACCAAGGCUGUCAAGAAGGACUCGAAGAAAGCUACCACUAAGAAGGAAAAGAAAUCCAGCAAGCCCGCCAAGCCGGAGAAGGCGCGCUUCGUAUCCUACAAUGAGAAGCAGAUUAUCUCCAAUGGCAUUAGUGCUCUUCCCGACAAGAAAAUGCAGCAGGCCCUCCAGAUCAUCCAGAGCAAUGUUCCGUCUUUGAAGAACACUGCAGAGGCCGAGAUUGAACUGGAUAUCGAUGAACUUCCUAAUGACGUCCUCCUUCUCCUGCUCAAGUUCGUUAAGAAGAACGCCCCGAAUGUCGUGGACGACGAAGAGGAGAUCCCCGGAAACCCGCACGUCUCCGCCGCGAAGCCCAAGAAAAACAAGCCUAUGAGCAAGUUCGAGCAGGAAGCUCAGAUCAACAUGCUGGAGAGCAACCUUUCUCGCUUUGCCGGUGGUGGCGGCGGCGGUUCACCCGACCCUAUGCCCUCGGUCGAGGCCAUGGACUCUAGUGAGGAUGAGUCGGAUGAUGACUCGGAGGAGAGUGAAGAGGAGUAA